AUGCCUCGUUCUUCUCGCACAGGUGAAUUGAUAUACGACCUUGAGGUUGAGAAGGCAGCGCGUAGGCGGAGGCAAGAGACCAAGAGACGAAAAGAAGGGCACUUAUUUAUUGCAAACGAGUCAGUGGAAGACGAAAUAAGCAUGGCCAACACCCAAACAUUAAGAGAGCUGGCUGCCCCGGAGCUGACUCACCAGCCCUUAUGCAUCACAUUCCCUACUUUGGCUGAGAAUACCGCUUUCAAACUGAAGUCGGGGUUGAUUCACCUCUUACCUUCUUUCCAUGGUCUCUCUGGUGAAAAACCCCACAAACACGUUAAAGAGUUCGAGGUGGUUUGUUCUAGUAUGAAACCCCCUAGGGUCACUGAAGAGCAAAUUAGACUGAGAGCCUUUCCGUUCUCUCUCAAAAAUGCAGCUAAAGAUUGGCUGUACUACCUACCAGCAGGUAGUAUUACCACAUGGGCACAGUUAAAGAAGAAGUUUUUGGAAAAAUUCUUCCCUGCAUUCCGGGCUGCGAGUCUGAGGAAGGAGAUCUGCAGCAUUAAACAGUAUCCCGGAGAGUCCUUCUAUGAAUAUUGGGAAAGGAGCAUCAUUGACGCUGCGAGUGGGGGAGCACUGGCAAACAAGACAAUGAAGGAAGCGUGGGAGCUUAUCGAAGCCAUGGCAGAGAACUCCCAGCAAUUUGGCUUCCGUGAGAGCAACCCUACCCGUAGAGUCAACGAGAUAGAGACUUCAUCCAUACAGCAACAACUGUCAGAGUUGACGUUUGUUGUUAGGCAAUUAGCCAUGAGAGACACGCCGCAAGUGAAAGUAUGUGGAAUUUGCACGAGUAUGGACCAUUGCACGGACACGUGCCCCAUUUUGCAAGAGAACGGGGCGAAACAGGUAAACAUGGCCGGAGGCGUGCCCGCACCCCGCAGGCAGUAUGACCCGUACUCCAAUACGUACAAUCCGGGCUGGAGGGACCAUCCCAAUUUCAGUUAUGGUAACAAGCCACAGAAUUCAUUUUCUAAUCGUCCACCAGGAUUCCAACAACCGUGGCAACCAAAGGCUCAACCCUCAUCCUCUAGCUCAGGAAAUUCUUUGGAAGAAAUUGUCAAGAGUUUAGCAACAACCACCACUCAGCUCCAGCAAGAGACUAGAACCUUAGUCACGACCACUGCUCAACUCCAGCAAGAGACUAGGUCCCUGGUUGCGAGCUCUACUCAGUUUCAACAGGACACCAGAGCGGGCAUGAAAGACAUGGAGACUCGAAUGAGCCAAAUGGCAACUGCCAUUAAUCGCCUGGAGUCCCACGUCUAUGAAAAAUUACUUUCGCAGCCUGAAGAAAACCCCAAAAAUGUAAGUGCCAUGACACUGAAGAGUGGCAAGGAACUGGAAGGGCCUAAAGUGAAAAAUCCAAAAAGCAGAAAUGAAGAAGAAAUCGAGAAGGAGAUGGAAGAAGACGAGCGCAUUCGCAAAGUGUCUAAGGUACCCAAGUACGCAAAAUUCUUGAAAGACUUGUGCGUUAACAAAAGAAAGCUAAAGGGUGAUGAGAAAGUGAUGGUAGGAGAGAAUGUAUCAACUGUGCUUCAAAGGAAACUCCCACCCAAAUGCGGGGAUCCGAGACCUUUAAAAGAAACGGGGGUAAUAAUUCAAUUGGCUGAUCAUACAUGUGCUUAUCCAGAUGGGAUAGUUGAGGAUGUUUUAGUGCAAGUAGAUGGAUUAAUUUUUCCUGCUGAUUUUUAUGUGCUUUACAUGGAUGAUAGAAGUGCCCCAAAUCCAUCACCAAUUGUAUUAGAAAGGCCAUUCUUGAGUACUGCCCAGACUAAAAUUGAUGUUAGUAAGGGGCGUGCCCACGCCUUACAGGGGUACGCCAGGUGCACUAUACAAGUUGGGGGACUAUCAGUUUCAAGGCGUGCCUACACCUUAGAAGGGAAUCUUUUAGACAUUAUUGAGACGCGAUGGUCAGAAGAUUAUAACCUCCAAAACGUGCCCACGCCUUCUAACCUUGGCGACAACGAAAAUCAAACGUGA